CUGAAUCCUGAAUUCGCCGCAGUCCCAUCUCCUCCUCUCUAUCUCCCCCAUCUCCCGCUCGUCCUCUCUCUCGUCUAGGGUUAGGUCAUCUCGCCAAGGCGCCAUGAUGCAGCAGCCCCCGCAUCAGCAGCCCGGCAUGGCGCCGCCACCGCCCCCGCAGGGCGCGGGCGGGCAGCCGCCGCACUGGGGCGGGAUCCCUCCACCGAUGACGCAGCAGUACGCCGCGCCGCCGCCCCAGCAGCAGGCGCCGCCGCCGCAGAUGUGGAGCCAGCCGCCGCCGCAGGCGUACUACGGGCAGGCGCCGCCUCAGCAACAGUACUACGCCGCGCCGGCGCCGGCGCCGGCCGCCCCCGCGGCAGCGGACGAGGUGAGGACGCUCUGGAUCGGGGACCUGCAGUAUUGGAUGGAUGAGAACUACAUCUACAGCUGCUUCGCGAACGCCGGAGAGGUUCAAUCUGUGAAGCUUAUCCGUGAUAAGUCAUCAGGACAGCUUCAGGGUUAUGGUUUUGUUGAGUUUACAAGCCGUGCAGCCGCUGAGCGAGUUCUUCAAACAUACAAUGGACAGAUGAUGCCAAAUGUUGAGUUGACUUAUCGGCUGAACUGGGCCAGUGCUGGUGAAAAGCGUGAUGAUACCCCAGACUAUACUAUUUUCGUUGGAGAUUUGGCUGCUGAUGUUACGGACUACUUAUUACAAGAGACAUUCAGGGUCCAUUAUCCUUCAGUGAAGGGUGCAAAAGUUGUAACUGACAAAUUGACAAUGCGUUCAAAGGGUUAUGGAUUUGUGAAAUUUGGUGAUCCUACAGAGCAAGCUCGUGCAAUGACUGAAAUGAAUGGAAUGCUUUGUUCAUCCAGGCCUAUGCGUAUUGGUCCUGCAGCAAGUAGAAAAACAACAGGAGUUCAAGAGAGGGUACCAAAUGUUCAAGGAGCUCAGUCUGAGAAUGAUCCUAACAAUACCACUAUAUUUGUUGGUGGCCUUGACCCCAACGUCACUGAAGAUGUCCUGAAACAAGUUUUUGCUCCUUAUGGAGAAGUGGUCCAUGUUAAGAUCCCUGUUGGGAAGAGAUGUGGUUUUGUUCAGUUCGUUACCAGGCCUUCUGCCGAGCAAGCGCUGCUAAUGCUGCAAGGGACCUUGAUUGGUGGACAGAAUGUUCGGCUUUCAUGGGGUCGAAGCCUUUCAAACAAGCAGGCUCAGCCUCAGCAGGAAUCCAGCCAAUGGGGUGCUGGUGCUGGUGCUGGUGGCUACUAUGCUGGCUAUGGACAAGGUUAUGAGGCUUAUGGCGGCGGGUAUGCACAGCCUCAGGAUCCUAACAUGUAUGGUUAUGGUGCUUAUCCUGGUUAUCCCAAUUAUCAACAGCAACCAGCUGCACAGCAGCCACAGCAACAACAGUGAAGCCUGUUUGCUUGGGCAAAUCUUAUGUUGUUGAGAUGCAUUAAAGUUAUUUCAAGGCGCUGUAUUGCAUUCUAGCUCUUCGUUUCAAAAGGCUCCUGAUUUUGAUUGCCUCAGGUCAAGGUUUCGUCUAUUAUGCACUGUGUUAUGGCAAUGAACAGGUUGUGCCCUACUGUGAUUGCUAUGUUCAGACAUUUCUGAAAGACAUCUUUCUUUCAUGCUUCUCCGAUCUACUGUUAUUUAUAUUUACUGGGUAUUGCUAUUUACUGUUAUGUUAUAUAUAUUUCGUACCGUUUGUUUCC